AUGGUUAGUCGCGGCUUUAUUCGCCGCUCUGCCACGCUUGGGGAGCGGCCCCUCCUCGGUGCCCGCGUUGGUUACCUUGCGGGAGAUGCAGCCGCCCGGCGCUGCUCCUGCCGCGCUCAGCAGGAGCCGCAGCAGAGCCGCGCGCCGGGGGGCAGCCGCCUGAUGGAGACCAUCCCGAUGAUCCCCAGCGCCAGCACCUCCCGCGGCUCCUCCUCCCGCCAGUCGAGCACCGCCGCCAGCUCCAGCUCCAGCGCCAACUCGGGGGCCAGGGCCCCCCCCACCAGGUCGCAGACCAACUGCUGCUUGCCGGAAGGGACCAUGAACAACGUGUACGUCAACAUGCCGACAAACUUCUCGGUGCUGAACUGCCAGCAGGCUACGCAGAUCGUGCCGCACCAGGGGCAGUACCUGCACCCGCCGUACGUGGGCUACGCGGUCCAGCACGACGCCAUGCCCCUGCCUGCCGUGCCCCCUUUCCUGGAUGGUUUGCAGAGCGGCUACAGGCAGAUCCAGUCUCCCUACCCGCACGCCAACAGCGAACAGAAGAUGUAUCCAGCUGUGACUGUGUAGCUCCGAAGGCCUUCCUCCCCACCCCAGCAGAUUUUAAUAUCUAAACUGAACAGAGGAGAAAUACUUCCUUGGAAUGAAGCUCCCAGGACAUCACUUGUAAAUAAUUUUGAAAGGCUCAUGCAUGUCAGGCAGUGUUUAUAAACCAUUUAUUUUCGUCGGGGUCCGCUGCCAGAAACUGUAGGAUGAUAUCUCUGAAUUAACGUUUCCAGAUACGCUUUCAUUCCAGUGCAUGAUUUACAGUGGCAAAGGAUUACACUGAAAAUGCAUAUGCAUUUCAGAUAACUGUAAUUGUGAGAUAAAUGCCGGAGCCAUUAAGUGCCCUUCAGGUGUGACGUGGUCAGAAGUAUUUGCCUAAUUAAUUCGUAGAAAGAGUUUGGUUACACUGUACAAGACCAUAGUACUUAAGAAACCUCUCUUCCCCUCUCCUUUUCCAAUUCCUUAAUGACAUUUCACGUUGCUUUACAGACAAUCACAAGUGAAAGCGAAACAGUGCAAUCGUUGUACGCUAGGUUCUCGGUAUCAGCGCCUACGGUUUCUUAGGCACCCUAGGUUCAGGGUGAAAAGCCGCAUUAUACUUAGUCUUGCAAAGAACAAUUUUCCCUGUCCCUUGUAUUUAUGUAGGAAUUAGCAGAGUAUGAAUUAUUCAGCACUGCUUUUGGUGCACUUGAAACCCUUCUUGAUUUGAUUUUUGUCUCAAGAUCAGGAACUAGUAGUGGUUUGCACAGGCUUUGUUUUUCUUUGUGAACUUUUUAAUAAAAACAGGGUAUGAGGUACUUGCUCUUAUUGGCACUCGGCACAACUGUUGAUACGGAUAUCACCAUGUCUGAGCUGGAACAAAGUCUGCAGAGAAGGGUCAUAUAGUGACUUCAAAUAUGCCUAAUUUAACCCUAUUUCCCAUGAAAUAGCACAUCUGUGUGUAUAUGCCCGAACGUGUUAGACCUGAAGCUCACGGCUGGUUUGUAAUUGAGUCUCCCCAUAGGAAAAUGGGGUCCAUUCCUCCGCCGGCCUGUUCUGAAGCCCAGAACCUGAUCCCACAGGGCGGUUGUGAUGGUAAGAAAACGCCACCCCACACCGACCUUGGAGGAGCUUGCGGAGAUUUUAUAUCCUUCCCAUUUUUUCUUUUUCUUGCUUGGGGUGGAAAGACUUAACUUUUUUUUUUUUUCUUUUUAAAAAAGCAUUGAGAAUAACAAAACUGGCCCAACCAAAGAAUCAAAGUUCUGAGAACUUUCUGUUUUGUGCAGUUGUUCCACAAAUGCAGUGUAUCUGCACGGUGCGAGCAGAUGGCAUGUUGCGGGGAGUGACUUUGCACUAAAGCUGCUGGCUCCAUUUGUUCUGCUUUGUUUGGGGAAAAGUAUCUCUCGAGUUUAAAGAGGCGACAGUGUACUGAAAAUAAUCAGACUGUGCUAUUUGUAAUAUAUCACCCCAGACUUUUUUUCUAAACAAACCUAACAGUCUCUAAGCCUGUUUUUUGUCUUUUAAAAAAUUUUUUGCCCUCUGCAUUUCAAUCCAGUUGUUCUUCUGAUUAAAUACUACAACAGAAGAAUAAGGGCAUACGGAAACCGGGCAAUUACUGUAAGCAGACCAGAACUGAUAAAAGGUUUCUUAUUGUCUGAUACUGUAUCAGUAUGUAGCAAUAACUGUGAUACUACUAUUUUUUAUAUGUUUGUUUUAAAAUUACACAUACUUGUGGAAUCUUUGCCAGAUCUAAUGGUUUACUUGUAAACAUGCCACACACACACAAGCAGUCUACAGAAGGAAGAAAUGUUUUUGACCACAGAAAUAGGAAAAUGAAUAGGUAAUUUGUACCAGAUCUGCUGCUGCUGGCUGCCAUCUCGCCAUUCAGUAUGUAUGACCUUUACAAAAAGCUUGGCUCACUUUUGGCUAGAAAAAAACUGGGCUUGAUCUCCAGACAUGCUCGGCAUCUUCUGCAAAGCCGAGACACAGCUUGCUGGAAGUGUUUAGUUGCUGGCCUGCUCUGUGUUACGGGGGCUACGGGCUAGAUAGUUUGAAUCAGUUAAAUGCCUGACGAUACAGCUAGGCACCUAAUGGGAUAUUAAAAUUCUGUGGCUGUAUCAGAAUUGGGUACUCCCAUGCUUUUGAAGGACCUAAUACCCACUCAGGUCUCGUGGAGGUUUAGGUAUCAGAGUACUUAAACUGCAUGUGAAAGUAGGACUGAACCAGCACAGUUAUUUUGGCCCUGCAAAGCUCAUUAAAAAAACGGGGGGCCUGGGGGCCUCCAGUUGCUGGUGGUUUCAGCGGGAGUUGGAGAUGCUCAGCCCCAAAUGCUAUCAGGCCUAUUGUUCCUUUGCCAGAAGACAAGCCCAUAAAGGACGUUAGCCUUUUCCAACUGCGACCGAAGUCCGCUCUCUUUCUGUCUCCGGGAAGGCGCUGCAUUCAUUGCACAUGCCCUGGUAAGGACACCUGCUCUGGCUUACAGACUUCAGGUGAAACUCUUUGUACAUUGUUUACUUGUUUUAAAAAAAAAAAAAAAA